CGUAGAAGCAGCAGCCAUGGGGAAAGUCCACGGAUCGCUGGCUCGCGCGGGAAAAGUCAGGGGUCAGACCCCGAAGGUAGCGAAGCAGGACAAGAAGAAGAAGCCGAGGGGUAGGGCCCACAAGAGGAUGCAGUACAACCGCCGCUUCGUCACCGCCGUCGUCGGCUUCGGCAAGAAGAGGGGGCCCAACUCGUCCGAGAACAAGUAGAUGAUGGGGAUUCAGAGGAGCUAGGGUUGUGGGAUCUUUGAGACUUCCGCAAUGGUAUUUAUUUUCUUGUAAUUUGUACUUCUGGACAUGGUAAAUGUGAUUAGGUUACCCUCUUGGCUCAAUUUCUUGUUUGGAUAACUGAGGUUUUGCUUUGCAGUUUGAUGCUGGUUACUUAAUUUUU